UGGCAGUUGGCAGUUGGUCCUACGUACGCGACUGUCUCGGUGUCGCAUGUCCAUUUCUCUAUCUCUCGCCGCUCAUCUCCCUCCUAUGAGGCUGUUGGUGUCCUGUUCAAAUACUGUACCUCUUAGGUGCCUCUUCUAUAACCGAUGUCUGUAUAGCUGUAUACUCAACAGCCGAACCAAUUUACCCCUGAACAACACCUCCCUGAUCCCAAUCUCUCCUCCUUUACAAGGCUUUGCGACUUCACCGACUGUACCACCGUCCUGCUCCUGUCAACCUGACAACCAACCCCCACCUCCCACGCCGUUGACAACCCUCAGGAUUCAGCCCUUGAAUUGCAUUUGUUUGAUUGCUUCUUCUUCUUUCUCGGGAUUCUCAAAAGACCUAGCCGGACUUGGCCUCUUCUCGUUUAAGAUCAUUUUCGGUACCGAUCAACUGGCUUUCCGGGGCGUCUGUGGUCCGAAGGGUUACACUUCCUCCGACCCUAUUCUCGUCACCUACUACAUUGAGCCCGGGCCAACGAUAACCCUCAACCAUCUCGGCCACGCUGUUCUGCCUCUUCGUGGCGCAUACAUAUCUCCUGCGUUCGCUCAAUAGCUGUGUCUGUGAUGCUUCUGCUAUAAGCAUCGCUUUCCUGUCCCAGCACCACCUCAACAUUCGACCUAAUUGUACAGAAAGAUGGCCGCCAACUAUUCCACACAAACCUACACCAUCCCUCAGAAUCCGCAGCUUUAUGCCAGCCAACAACCAUCUCCCGCGAACUCGGCAUCUCCCACCUCGCCCCGAAUGCACGAACACUUCCAGCAACAUGCCCCGAAUCCUUACAAGCAGCUACGGCCCCUGAAAUCGCCUCUAUACGUCCCUGCGGCGUUACGGCCAACAGAGCACUUCUCGGGUGCCUCGCCCAUGACCCCUCCGAAGAGUCUGCACGGUUCGUUGGACAAUCUCCAAGAGAACGAAACACAGCCUGUCACUCAGGAAACAGACUAUCCCUCCGACUUCGAGACGUUCAACCCCGACUGGGUGCAAGAGGAAGAGUUGGGUGAAGUUACCGGCCCGCCAACAAAAGAACACUGGAAGCCCGACGAAGCUUCGCCGACUUGUGACUCGCCUCAAUGUCGCUCUACCUUCAACCUUUUUGUCCGUAAACACCACUGUCGUCACUGUGGGCAUAUCUUCUGCUCCUCGCAUACUCCUUAUACCAUUCCCCUCGAUCAGUCCGCCAAAUUCCACCCUGACGGCGUCCCAUCCAGAGCUUGCGCAACAUGCCACCGUCAGUACCAGAGAUGGGACACUGCCAGGUCGAUCCGGCGCAAGAAUAGCCAAAAUAGCAAGGAGGAGGGCAAUGACAGCGGGCCACCAACUCCUCUCGCGGGACCAGCAGGUGGUCAUCGACGGGUGCCUUCGGGCGCGGUUCGUGGCGGGAAACCUGUCGAACAGGUCGCAAACAGUGUGCCCAAAGAUUGGCAUUGGUCGACGUUUUGAAUCGAGGUCACGUGACCCGGACUUUCCGGCCAACCGCACCCGUUUUCUGCAUGAAACGAAGCCUCAUCCGGCCUCUUGCCCCUGCACAUCUCUGCAAGAUGUCAGAACUUUGUGACCAAAUCGAUGGCCUACAAGGAUCAUCCCGUCAGUUUCGGCUACUACCGGCUGGACACGGCACACUCGACCGGAUUGGCUUGUUGUUGCAGAGUGAUGAUGACUGUCGUUCUUCAUCGACAGAUUGAGUUAUUCUGCCACAACUGUGAAUUGAUGACCAUCUAUCCAUGCAGGCAACAGCUUGAGAUGGCCGACCAGAAUUUUGCAACAGUGCCCGGCACGAUCCAGCUGAGAGCGGGAAUUAGCCGGUAUCAACUGGGCACCAAUUCUGCCAGGAAGUUCAGCACCAGCCCUCCUGAAAGGGUACAAGGAUCCUUGUUGCAUGCGCUGCGCAUACGCCUCAUCAACGUGGCCUGCGCGUAUGAUUUACCACCCUGCAUGCCGAGGCUGGAUGCACAACGCUACAGAGAUCCUUAAGCAGGCCCCUCCAUGGAUCCUUCAACGCCCCACGCUUCGAAUGCAAGAAAGCAGCUAAAAAGCAAUAUAAGGUGGGACAAUCUUGCAUGAAGAUACACAGUUUCUCUGAACCAAGCCCUCCGAAUUAAUUGGCAUGUCCCGCACCGCAGGUUGCGUGAGUGGCAGCAACCCCGGUCAAACCAGUCGAUACGAUAUCAGCGGCGAAUGGUGUGGAUUUUUGGAUUUAUUGCACUAGAUUUGGCGCUCUAUACCCCCAAGGGCUCUGUUCUGUUCUGAUCCGGUAUACUAUUCGAAGACGGACGUGAGGUGCGCUCCAUCGAGUUUUACAGCAUGUUUAGGUUUUUGGUGUUUUGAUUUUUCUUUUUCUAGCGAUUCAAUCCUGCGUGGAUAUAUUCGGACAGAGCAUAGAUGGUUUAGUCUUGAAGAAUCAAGAUUUCAUUCGUUGUGCGUGUACCUUUUGGGGGGCUUUUGGCGUUUACGGUAGAACAAGCAUGGAGUUUGUUAGAGGAUUCUUGUGCUAUUGAUAUAGAGGUUCAGGCGGCCGUUAGGCCCGGCAGGAGUCUAGACGCCGUUAAUCAUAGAUACCGAUGUUGGUCGGAAUAAUGGGAGAGAUGUAGAUUUCUUCCUUGUCACAAUGAAUGCCGUAUCACCAAGAAGGUCCAUACGAGAAUCCUGAGUUCGGAACCUGCAGUCAGUUUCAAUUCAGCACUCGCUGUCACAAUGUGGUAGGGU